GUUGUUGUGAAUGAGGGGGCAGCAUGACGUCAUUAAGCCGAUGUCAACAGUGCUGCAGCUCCUGGACCAGUAAAGGAGCUUCAUCAGCACCGUUGGACCCCCUGUUCGGGACCACCAUGCAGACCGGCUGGGACCAGUGACCGGACCGGGACCGAGGACUCUCUGGAGGAUCCGGGCGUUGAAGGAAGUGAUGUCAGAGCGGCAGGAUGGGGAGGCGGCGGCGCCCGUGUAUGUGUACGAGUCCAAGGUGCACUGCGCCAACGUGCUGCUGAGCCUGGAGGAGCAGCGGAGGCGGGGCAUCCUCUGUGAUGUCACCCUGCUGGUGGAGGGCCGAGAGGUUCGGGCGCACCGGGCCGUCCUUGCCGCCAGCAGCAGCUACUUUCUGCAGGUUCUGCUGGGCCAUGGAGGGUCACCAGGAGACACCGAACCUAUCAUCAGCCUGCCAGACAAGGUGACAGCCAGAGGUUUUGCUCCGCUGCUUCAGUUUGCCUACACGGCCAAGCUGGUGUUGAACAGAGAAAACAUCCACGAGGUCAUGCUGUGCGCGGACCUACUUGGCGUGCACAAUUUGGAGGAUUCCUGCUUUCAGUUUCUCCAAGCUCAGCUACAGAACGACGGACAAGACGUCAACAACGGUGAGGUGGAAUACAGUGAUGAGGACACUGUCUUUUCUGAGGACGUUUGCUCUUCAGAGAUGAAGCAGCAGUCCAGUGACGGCGACGACGCACCACUGCCCAUUGAGCCUCCAGGGUGUCCCGAAUCCUGGAAGUACCAGGUCUGUGACGACAAACGCAAUGAAGAGACUCAACAUGCCAACCCGUCAUUGGACAGCUCAGAACCAGAAGACGACAGUGCUGCUUCCCAGACGCUCCUCACCCCCUCCAGGAUCAAGGAGGAACCCUUUCUGUUUGAGGGUGCAGCACAUGAGAGGAAUGGCUCCAACCCAGAGUUUGGCACAGAGGAGGUUCUGGAGAUGGAGCUGGAGGUGGAAGGCGUUCCGGUGCUAGCUGAGCCCUCUGCCGGCCAGGAUUUAGCCUCGUCCUGCCUGCGUUCAUACCUUCAGCAAGGUGGUCUAGAUCUCAACAACAUGUCCAGCAGAAGCAUUCAGGAGCUGAUCACCAACCGGCUGUGGAGUAAGGGGGACUUCCUGAGUCAGGCUGACUUCAAGACCAACAACAGGGACAUGGACUGGUCCAAGACCUCCUCCUGCCAGCAGGAAGGGGAGCUCGACAGAUGCUCCGUCAUUUUCUCCGCCGGUGAUCGACGCUCCUCGGCUCAUUCUUACGUGGACGAGAAGAUUCAAGACGAAGUGUCCACCCUGAUGCAGGAGGAGACUCCACCCUCUGGUCCAACAUCUCUCACCAGAUGCCCCAUUGCCAUUAGCUCUCCAGUACCAUCCGAACCCAGAACCCUGUCUUCCAGCUCCUGCUCCUCAGUCUCUUAUCCAGAUGAAGCAGCCAACGGUAGCUCGCUGUCCAGCCUGCCCUUUGACCUCGCCUCGUUCGAACAACCGCCUCGCAGCCUGGUUCAGAUGGUCAAGGCCCAGACCCCCCUCAGCAGAGAACUGGUCUUCUCUCAGGACUGCACCAAGAUCAAAAGCGAGCAGGGCUUUGGUACCAGCGGUGGAAACUCAAGUGACGAGUCUGGCUCGUUCUCAGAGGGCGACAGUGAAGGUGGUGUCAGAGUGUCUGGUCCCGAGGUGAAGCUACCCUUCCCCGUGGCUCAGAUCACCAACCUGCCGCGCAACGACUUCCAGAUCCUCGUGAAGAUGCACAAACUGACCUCGGAGCAGCUGGAGUUCAUCCACGACAUCCGGCGGCGCAGCAAAAACCGCAUCGCCGCCCAACGCUGCCGUAAGAGGAAACUGGACUGCAUCCAGAACCUGGAGGGCGAGAUCCGGAAACUGGUGUUGGAGAAGGAGAAGCUGCUGAGCGAGCGGAACCAGCUGCAGCUCUGCAUGUCGGAGCUGUGGCAGAACCUCUCCUUCCUCUCGCAGCAGGUCUGCAAGGAGGUCCGGGGCGGCCAGCCUCCACCUGUCUCCACCAGUAUUGACCUGACGUCUGAGUCACCGUCAGCCUGUUCGGAUCAGAACUCUGUCCGGGCCGGGUCACUCCGGUCACAGCUAGGCAAGACCAGGAAGGGCUCUGAGCAUCUGGGUGACAGGCAGCCGGGUCUGGAGCUGCCGGGUCGGGGUAAGGUGAACCAGAAACUGGUUCUGGGAUCCACUGAGGAAGUCUGUAGCCCCACAGUGACGACGGAUUUCUGUCAGGAAAUGACUCAGAAGUGCAGAACGGAGGAGCCGAACUCAUCGGACCCGUCCUAAACCAGAACUCGUCCUCAGUUUCUGUAAACUUUCGAGUAUUUUGCCCUUUUUUAAAUCACUG